AACUCUUCCCUUUCUCUGGUGCGAGCCAAUAAUUUUUCGCAUAAAAACAUCGCGAGUGGUAGUGCUUAUACUAAAACUACAUUAUUUACAUAAUGACAGCAAUGAAUUGUUUAAAAAGGAUCUAAGUUAUAAAUCCAGCCAAUAGAAGCAUUGGAACUGGGAAAUUUCGGCCAUAUAAUAAACGCACUUUGAACACAGGAAAGAUGAAGUUUGAUGAUUUCGGUUGGGAACGAGUGGUUAAUUUAGAGUACAUAUAUACACAGACAUAUGUAUUCAUAUGUGAAUGUAUCCACUCUCCAAGCUAUAAGAUUGUGGAAAUCUUAAUUUAAUUUAACCUGUUCAAGCCCGCAGAAGCCAUCGAUCCGAGCGUAGAAAAGCUACAUCUCAACAAAGAAGGGCAGCAACACUGCGGACACGGAACAAUCAAAUGCAUUUAAUCGGGUUCUACUAACGUUGGCUAAUUCACUUCUUAAAGCUGUAAUUAAUUAAAAUCCCGAUUUGAGAAAAUAAAACCUUUUGACUCUUGGCCAUGUCAUGAGAACUGCGGCAGCUGUCUUCAAAGAAGACGACGACGACGACGGAGGCAUUGUUAACCAGAGUCAGGUCCCAAGCACUAGUCACAGUAAAAUGAGUAAAAUUUUGAGACGCACAACGAAGGCGGAAAAGAUUUAAACCUAUAAUCCUUCUCUGAACAACGAACUAAGCAACAAAGAAACGAAAAUGUUCAAAAUAAGGCAACGGAAUUGUAUGCUGAUAGUCACGGCCCUUGUGCUGGCUCCUUGCAUUGUCAUCUUGAUAGUCAUGGGGCCGGAAUUGUCCAACGAACAAUCGCUGACCCAACGACUAGCCGAGUGUCAUAUGAGGCUGCAGUACCUUGAAUCCAUGUAUCGUGCCCGCCAAGAGGAUGUGGCGUUGCUCUCCCAAUAUUUUGGACAAUUACAACAGAAUGGUAAUAUGACAAGCUUUCCGCCACCAUUACCAGUUGCCAAUCUGCUUGAUGGCCUCAGUCCGGAGGCCAGGCAACUGCUAAGGAAUGCCUCACAUACAACCAAAGCGGGACCCGGAGGCAUGGUCGCUAAACAAAAUAUUCGCUUGCCCAAUGCUUAUCAUUUUCUACCUCAUUUGCUAGACGAUGCAGGAUCGCUGCGCCCUUCGUAUCUGCAAAGCAAAGGACGUACAGAUGUAAGCAUCGUUUUGGGAAUACCAACAGUCAAGAGAGAGAAACAAUCCUACCUACUGGGCACUCUGCAUAAUCUUAUUGAGAAUAUGAAUGAAGAAGAACAGAAUGAGACUUUAAUCAUAGUUUAUAUAGGCGAAGUUGAUGCCGAGACUGUCCAAGUUAUAGCCAAGCAAAUAGUAACGAGCUUUGAGCAGCAAGUAGAGCAAGGACUUAUUGACAUAAUAGCACCCUCGCCUAGUUUUUAUCCCAAUUUCGAGAGAUUAAGAAUAACCCUUAAUGAUUCGCUCGAGCGUGUCAAGUGGCGUAGUAAGCAGAAUUUGGAUUUUGCAUACCUAAUGGCCUAUGCGCACUCAAAAGGCACGUUUUACGUUCAACUCGAAGAUGAUAUUCUGACAAAGAGACAGUUUAUAACGACCAUGAAGAAGUUUGCAUUAAUAAAGAGUGCCUUGACUAAACCGGAUCAGCCAUCUUGGUUUGUCUUGGACUUUUGCCAACUGGGUUUUAUAGGCAAAAUGUUCAAGAGUGCGGAACUGCCUUAUUUGAUAACUUAUUUUCAAAUGUUUUACAACGAUAAGCCCGUGGAUUGGUUGCUUACCUAUUUUAUUGAGUCUAAAGUUUGCCGUACCGACAAGGAUCAAAAGCAUUGCAAUCAGGAGAAAGCCAAGUAUUGGCAACAUUUUCGGAAAUCUCUAUUUCAACAUAUAGGCACCAGCUCUUCGUUGAAGGGUAAAGUGCAGAAGUUAAAAGAUAAACAGUUUGGUAGUAAAGUGCCUACUUUUUAUGCCCAUACUCAUAAUCCUCCGGCAUUAGUCAAAUCGUCCAUAGCUCCCUAUAAGAAUUACCUACUCAAACGAGCCUAUCGUGGUGAAUCGUAUUUCUGGGGCCUAUUGCCACAACCGGGAGAUCUGAUACAAUUUGUUUUUGAGCAGCCCAUUCUACUUAGACGAUAUCUAUUCCGCAGCGGCAACUCAGAGCAUCCAUCCGAUCGAUUUUAUAAUACCACUAUUGAGUUAUUACCAUCAGAUUCAUUAAGCGAGAAUUCUUCCGUAUGGAGUAACUACAAUACAACUACCGAUGGCUUUCUGAUAGUUGGUUCUUUUGAUAACUUGGGCGUUGCUGAGGGUCUUCUUGACCCCAAAAUUGGUCCACUUAAGGAAUUACGCCUUCACGUCCACAGCGAUAGUGAAAAUUGGGCUCUGCUUAGCGAAAUUGAGCUGCAGGAGAUAGGCAAUGGUAGCAAAUCGGAGGAAAAUGUUGCCAAACCCCGCUAUGCGUCAGGCAGCUGAUUGCUACAUCGCCACAGGCUGCAUCAAGAUCUAGAUGAUUAGAUGUAAACUCAACUCAUACACCAUCCCCACUAAAACACAUUCCCUUUGUCUUUAAUCUAGACAUCUGUGUGUAUAUUUUUCGAAUACUAUACCCUUUUCCAUAUGUGUAAAUAACUCUCCCUUCUAAUUGUAGUUGUGUAAGUUCGUAUUUACAAAACAGACAGUACAGUACUCUAUCGCAUAUAGCUAGGAUUUGAUUUCACAGAAAACAUUAAAGGGAAACAGAAAAAAUCCUGGGUUUAUAAGUCCUUUCCACUUUAAAUCUUACGAUUCCUCUUAUGUAUGUAAAAUCAGAGAUCAUGCGUUAGCCAGAUAAUAAUAUACAUACAUACAUGUAUGGCUGCUCGUUCCUUGUCAAACAGAAAUUCCCAAUGACCAAUUUAAAUGAUCUUGGUCUAAAAAAAAAUCUCUGGACAAAUCUAUUUUGGUAGGUCUGUGGCUCCUUAAUGUAUUUCCAGUGUGGGUCUUAAUAUAGCGGUUUAAAAGAAACCGUGGAGCGGUUUUAAAUUUUAAAUUUUUAAAUUAUGUGAAUAUUUCACAAAAAAACAAUUUAUGUAAUGAUAAAUUUAAAAAUUUAACUUUCUAUCUUUCCGAUUCAUAAUCACCGACUCCAAGAAAAGCGAAAUACCAAAUUUUAGCAUAAUCCAACCAUGCUUAGCGCAGGAUUCUCCAUGAUGAAGGUGGUGGAUCUAUGUUAUCGCCUCUUUGGGUAUUCCUGCAAUCUUUAAUAUGAAACCCUAAGAAUUCAAAUCGGAUUACAGAUUUUGAAGUUUGGCUAUCUUUGAACUGCUUAAAUAAGAUUAUUAUUAAAAAUACUUAAAAGAGUCACUCCCCCACCGAAAGUCGGUUAUCCAAAGAAUUUUGUAAGACCAAGAUUAUUUAAAUCCAUUUACAGAAUUUUCGGAUACAAUCUUUUUCCGUUUAAUAAAGAAUGGGCCAUGUUUUUUGAAAACAAUUUUUUAAACAAACACAAUUUUCAAUAUAAAACGUCUAACGUCAAACUGCGCAAAAAUCCAACAUAGCGUAUCCAAUUUGUUUUAUGAAAACUAUUCUUGCAUAUUUACAUUUACCAUAUAUUUACAUAUAUAAAUGCUUAGCGAAACAUGCUGCAAGUGCCCCUUCCAUUUGUUUAAUGUGUUAAUAGUUAGAUUUUACAUUUUAAACAUUUUUAUAUGAAAUUAUGCACGCUAAGCUAUGAGUGUGUGAUUAACUAAACGGUUUUAUAUGUCCUUUGAUAUUAUUAUUAACAAUUUGUUUGUUAAGUUUUCCUUUUAAGCUGUGAAAUUAGAAAUUAAGUUCAAAUCUUGACUUAAAAAAUCGUUUGGCAAUACAUUCCAUUAUAUAUGCUGAAA